GUGAUGUUGGCUUCACACGAUGUUUGAGGCGGGUGUAUGCGCCAUCGUGGUACUCUAUGGGGAUCGGAAGAAACUACCCGGUGUCGAGGUAUCUCGAUGGCGACGAAGAAGAUAGGAGCGACGAGGAUCGACGGCUCUGGCUUAGGCAUGAAGCACAUACAAAAGAUAUUCGCGUCUCUUCUUCUAGAUCGAAGACUGCCCGCCGCCGCCUCUCUUCUUCUGUCUUCUUCUUCGAGCUGCCUCCCGACGGCAAGAAGGCUGACAAUAGCGCCAGCCAGCGACACCACCAGACCGAAGGACAUCCACGGCGAGGACGACCAGCAACAGAGCAAGGAUGCGGCCGGCCAACCCUUUGAUCGAACGAUGGGAUUCUUGUUGUCUGAAGCAAAAUUGAAGGACAUCCUUCUAAGAUUCUGAGCGAAAUGGCUUCCUAAUCCAAGGUAUUUACUUGGAUUUCAAUUCCAUUUGAAUUACCUGCGAUUUGAGGAGUUUUGGGAAACAAGCUACUGUACACAGCGAGAUUUUGACAUAUGUUUUGAACCAUGUUCCUUGUUGGUUUUUGCAAAAUUUUUUGUGGAUUAUGGUCGUUCUUGAAGGUGCUCUUGACGCUGCUAUUCAAAUUUUAAUUAAAUAAACUCUUUACUUUUGCUUUGAAUUUACGGUUGCUGGAGUUGUGGAGCUGCAAAAUUUAUUUUGGACUGUUUUAACUGUAUUUUUGGAACUGUAUUUUGCUGAGCCUUUUACUUGCUUGUGGAGAUUUCCUCCUCCACAAUUUUGAUGUUUGAAUGAUACUUGUUUUGGAGGUCAACCCGUGCUGCUGCAGUGGCUAUUUUUGCUGUGCAUUCGGGCUUGAAAUGGCAGUGUUGGGGCUGCUGUUUGGGCUGAUUUUGUAGUGGAAGUUUGACUCUGUUAUUGGGCAUCGUGUGGGGUGGUUUUCACUGCUGUUUUUUUGAAGCUGAUUAUGCUGAAUACAAGUACAACAUGGUAAGGACAAGAGCUCUUCUGAGAAAAUUGUGACAUAUCUAUCUUCUUGGACAGUGCAUUAAUUUGACUUGAAACAUGCUUCAAUUGGUUCAAUACCACACAGUCUGGUAAGAUUGAGGACUAAAGUGGAUGCGUUACAAGAAAAUGUUGCUAGAGCAAGAGAUGUAUUCAAAAAUGUUAUUGAGGGGACAAAUAACUAAAUCAGGCAUGCUGAAUGGACAAUUAGAGUGACUUUAAUUAUGUAAAUAUUAAAUUAUUGGAAAUUAUUUAGACUUGGAUUGUAUGUAUUUAAAUAUUAUUGAAUAUAUUCUAUAUUUUAGA